AUGGCUGUAAAGGAACUGACAUUUCUUGUGGUGUGUUCUUUGAUUGUCUGUACUAUUGGGGAUGAAUUCUUCACUUCAACAGAUAAAAUUUCACAACUUUUUGAAGAAGAAAAAUUACUUCUGGAGACCUUCGAUUGGUACAUUGAAGCUGAAGAAAAAAAUUUAAAGAGAAUGAAGAGCCUUCUUCUGCUGCUUCAACUGGGCUCAUACUUAGACCCUGAUGACCCUGAUAAAAUCAAAGACCCUGUGGCAGCUUACAAAUUCCUCAGACAAGUGAGAGCUGAAUGGAUGGACAUUGUAGAUUACACUCAACAGAGUCAAUAUCAAUUGUAUCAGACACUACUGACAUUAGCAAAGAUCCCACAGCUGGAAGACUUGGAUGGUGCAGCUUCAGGACUGAUCAGACUGCAAGAGAUCUACAAACUCUACCCACACAAUAUCACUAAGGAAACGUCUCUAAAUGCAGAUGAAGCUUUCUAUGUUGGGUUGGUUGCUUAUGAAGAGGACAAAUUCCAGCAUGCCUUUCUCUGGUGUCUGUACAGUCUGGACAGAUUAACAGAAUACUCAACCAUUACAGAGGAAGAGUUGCUCCAUUACCUUAGUGACACAGCCUAUCAUUUUGGCAGCCUGCCUGUGGCAAUCUACUUCAGCCAAUGGCUUUUAAAUCUGGACCCAACUAACGAUGAAGUCAAGGUUCAGCUGGACCUUUAUAGAUUCCUUCGCUUCCAGGGAGAAUCAUACCCCGACAUAUUCACACUGAACACAGAGUCAAGUAAAUAUGAAUCACUGUGCAGAGGAGAGGUUGAUGAGAGGACCUCCAAGAGGCAGAGGGCGCUGUCCUGUAGGUACAGCACAGGUGGAGGAAACCCCAGACUGAUGUAUGCACCUGUGAAAGAGGAAGUGGAGUGGGACGAGCCUCGCAUCAUCAGAUAUCAUGACAUUAUUUCAGACAGAGAGAUUGAGAUCCUGAAGAAUAUCUCCAGACCUCAACUUUCUAGGGCUGAGACUACAAGGGGAGUGUCGAAGACCCGUACUGCGCAAGGUGUUUUUCUAGAGGAAGACACUAUUGUGGUUGCUCCUAUCAGCCAGAGGAUUGCAGACAUCACAGGACUAUCCAUGGACUCAGCUGAAGAACUAUAUGUUCAGAAUUAUGGGAUUGGUGGCAGAUAUGAACCACAUUAUGAUGAAUGGGACAAUGAGAAUGGAAGGAUUGCUACAUUCUUAAUCUAUAUGAGUGAUGUGCAGAUAGGGGGCGCCACUGUGUUCCCUGAAGUUGGAGUUGCAUUGAAGCCAAAAAAGGGUUCGGCCGUGUUUUGGUACAACCUGCACAAGAAUGGAGAUGUGGAUUUGUAUACAGAGCAUGCUGGAUGCCCUGUGUUAAGGGGUAACAAAUGGGUGGCUAAUAAAUGGAUCCAUGAGUUUGGACAGGAGUUCAGGAGACCCUGUUCUUUGUCAUACUGGGAGUGAAAGACACUGAGACCAUGCAGAAAUCAUAUGAAGAGUAUCUGAACGAUAGAAGUAUCUGUUAUAUUUAUUAUGCAUCAUAUCAUUUUUGUAAAUAGGAUCUGUAACACAGAUACUGUAUUUUGUUUUUAACUUUAACUGUGAUUUACU